AACUGAUAACAUGCUGAGGAGUGACGUAGAAUUCAGGAAACCACAAAUGUCGACGAUACCAUCUUCAGCAGCUGCCACCGCUGACUUGUCAAGUGCCAACACAACUUUGAAACAAUUGAAAAAUAGCUUUCAUUUGGAUUUUUCUUCUGCAAAUUCAUCAAAAAAGCAAACAUUUAGUUCGGAUUUGCUGGAUAUCAUCAAGGCAUCACCAACAAUAGGAAAAAUGUUUUCUCAAGCAAGCACGACCACACCAACGCCAACUAAGCUACUUUACCCAUCUGAAGUAACGCUUGCACAACGACAGUAUGCUCAAGAUGCACUGACACAGGUACAGCAAUUAAAUGGAUUCGUUCCAUCUCCAGCACUCCUUAAUUCACCAAGUUUUCUGGCUCCUUUAAUUCAGUCAGUAACUUCGUCAAGCAGUAGUAACGAUGAAACAAGAACGGUAACGAGUCCCGUUCUGGCCAGUCCAAGCAGGGAAUCGUUGUCGGUGAUAAUGCAGGCAGCCAUGAGCGGCAUGGGCUCCCUCGCUGGAUAUGGUUUCACCCAACUGACUCCCACUCAACUUGCUCCAUAUGCUGUGCCAACGUCCUCUUCUACAAUGACUACUUCUGUACUGCAUCAACAUCAACAUCACGCUCAUCCUAUAUCAUCUGCCAAUUCAGCGAAUACUGCUUUACACUUCGAUGAUAUCACUGUGAAAAGUGAAUUGCCAGGCUGCAGCUCAGUGGCAUCUAUACUGUCGGACAGUUUGAAAGAAAGAUCUACUUAUGAAACGUAUACCACCAGUGAAAGUAAUGAAAUGGAAGGAUGUACAUCAUCGAUACGCUCAAGUGUAAGCCCUCGAAGUCAAGAAGAACAUAUCUUCGUGGGACCAUUUCCUAAUGAUAGUUACGAUGCGUUGGAACAGGAAAAGAAAAAGUUGGAAAGGAAGCGAGCACGUAACCGUCUUGCAGCAACAAAAUGUAGACAGAAGAAAUUGCAAAAAAUUAAUGAUCUCGAGAAACAGGUAGAAGAGGAAAAGCUCAGAGCGAAUCGUUUAAAUGAAGACCUGAAACAUCUGGAAGCAUCCAUCGCUCAGUUGAGGCAGCUGCUGCAGGAACAUCAUAAUAACGGUUGUACUGUAUCAGCUAAAGCGAUCUCAACAUAAUU